AUGCUAUCACAACAGUUCUUACUCUUUCUUGCAUUGUGUCUUCUCUUGUACGUUCAAGCGGUACCUCUCAAUUCAUUCAACGCCGACCACGAACUUCUGAAUAGUCGUGAGAAACGUGCCUUCGGAUUUGGAGGAUUUGGUCGAGGAAUUUUCAAUCGUGGAGGAGGAUUUGGACGUAGAGCUUUCUAUCGUGGAGGUGGAUUUGGACGAAGAGGAUUCAAUCGUGGUAGAGGUUUUGGAAGAAGACGAGGUUAA